GGAUCGAAUUGAAGUUGUGACAGUUUGACAGUUGGCUCUCACGCAUUAAUCCGUCCCAAAUCACGUAAAUACAAUUCAGUAUAUAAAUGCGCUGUCGUUUACAGUGUUUUUGUAUUCUUAACAAAUCGCCGUCGUGUAUUCAUAAGACAACAAGACGGGAAAGAAAGUGAGUUUUUUUUUGGAGGACAAAAACAAAAACAACUACGAUUAUUGUGGAUGCGAUAUAUAAAGUUGUUUUUGUUGUGUUGAUUUGUGUAUCGUUAAAAUCGUGAUAAUUACCUGGAAUCGGACGUGAGAGCACAAAAAUUGAUUAAGUGCAUCGUUUUCGAGUCGAAAACAUAGACACAGACAACACACACAAUGCCGUUGAAAAAGAAAAAAUAUAAUGCUCGCUUUCCGGCUGGCCGAAUCAAAAAGAUCAUGCAGAGUGACGAGGAAGUGGGAAAAGUAGCGCAAGCCGUACCAAUCAUAAUCUCUCGAACUCUAGAGCUGUUCGUCGAAUCAAUGUUGACCAAAACACUGCGAAUCACAAACGCACGGAAUGCAAAAACAUUGUCACCGUCGCACAUGAAGCAAUGCAUUAUGUCGGAGAGUCGUUUCGAUUUUCUGCGUGAAUUGGUGAAAAAUAUCCCGGACAUUAAUGUGGCUGAGGAGCAACAAUGCGAUAAUUACCCGGAACGACGCGAAUCAAGCGAAGAUGGAAUGUUAUCGAUUGACACACCGAUCAAUGGUAUCGUGAGCAAUCCGAAUGGAUCGAUGCGUGAAUCGAAUGCGGUGGCGGCGACCAGCAGUAGCAGCACUUCACAUUGGAAAUAUACCAAACAGCAUUCAAUGGAUUCCAUUGCAACGAAACACCAAAAUAACUACUCAAUUACAAGCAACAACGAUAAUAACUCACCGAUAAAUUAUUCAAUUAAAAUUAAAGUGGACGAUAAACCGACGCCGGCCAAACUACUGCGAAUGGAAUCAACACCAGCCUCAUUUGGUUCGAAUAAUAAUUUAGCAUUAUCGCCGAUCGUCACACCAAAAUACUUGCCAAUCACAACCACAACCAAAUUGUCCGAUAAGAAUGAUAGUAAGCAACAGCCCAUUCUACAUUUUGAUUUUACGAAAAUUCCAUUAUUGCCAUCAUCAGCUGCAAGCACAUCGCAAACGGCCACCUCAUCAAAUCAUAGUCAUUCUGUAAGCAAUAUACUGAAACUAAACGAAAAGUCAUCGCCGUCAAUUGCGGACGCGACCAAAAAUGAGCUUCAAUCUCAGCUAGGAAAGUCGACACUGCGCUCAACCAGCAAGUCACUUCUGGCCAAACAAAUGUCACAUCCAUCUGCUUCGUCCACCGUAACAUCAAAUUCAUCAGCACCACAAAACAGUACCGCUUCCAGCACCCAAUCCAGUUCGCAAUCAUCCAUCACAUUUUACCACGCACCAUCGUUGUCGACAGUUGGCUCAUCAUCAUCCACACUUGAAAUGGACGAGGACUACGACAACAUUUAAGUGAUCGAAUUAAUACUAGCAAAGCAAAACGAAUUUUUGAAUAACGUGACUUUGUUCGGACACGAGCUAGAGCUGUGUCUUCGACUCUUUUUUUUUCAAAAUGGAUUGUUUUCUCUUCUUUUGUUGUUUCAUUCGAAUCAUAAAAAUAUCUAUUUUUGUACAAGUUUAGUUCAGUUCGAAAAUGAAACGAAAAGAAACGGAGAGUGAUUGAGAUAUGAAGCAAUUUGUAGGAAUUGUGUAAGUUAAGUAUAGUUAAUUUAACUAAAUAAUAUUUUUCAUUCGAACAUUUAGGUAUUCACUCACUAAAUUCAUGUUCAUAUAAAGAAGAGGAAAUGACUCCAUGAUCAAUCAUUGAAAAGAGAGAAAAAUUAGUUCCAAUAUUAUUUGCGUAAGGAAUUGUUGUUAAGCUUUUUAUUUAUCUUUUCAAAUAAACAGAAAGAAAACCAUCAUUUUACAAAGAAAAAAAAAAUGAAUCGAGCGUGAGAAGUGCACAAAAAGCGAAUAUUCUCUCAUUUUCCCACUCCAUUUUGUGGACGUUAUAGUCGUGGAAACGAAACGAAUUUUAAUUCACACAAUGAAAUGAAAUCAUACGUAUCAUAUUUGGUUAAACAACAAGUUGGAAAAUAUAAAUACAUUGAUGAAAUUACAGAAAGCGACAAAUAAA